AGGGAGGUAGAGUGAGAGAGAAAGAAAGAGAGAUAAAGAGAUUGAGAGAGAGAGUGAGAGAGAGAGAGCAGUCAGGAAGAGAGCCAAGAGUGAAAACAGACCAUGGCGCUGUGUGUGUGUGUGUGUGUAUGUGUGUGUAGGAGUUUAUGCUGGAGCCCCCUCCUCACCACACACACCACAGCUGACACACCUUCUCUCCUCCAAAACCCCCUUUCUCCUCUCAUCUUUUACACUUCUCUCUCUCUCAGGAUAGAGUGAGCGUUCUCCUCAGAGCAGACUGUUUUUCACCCUGUUUUCUCUGCUCAUUUUAAGAGUUGCCAGUUUCCAGGGAGGAUUUGCUCUGUUUCACUGCCACUCGUGAUUUCAGUGAAAAGAAACUCAAAUGGAGAGCUGUUGCUGAGGAGACCUGUGUUUGUAUGUGUGUGUGCCUUUCUUUCUUUCUUCUCUCUCCUGUGUUUGUACCAUUUCCACUCUGUUUUGGAUCUCCUAAACAUCCGCCGUGACAGACCCUCACUCAAGGACACAUCAUACCUCCACUUCAGCGGACAGCGACAAGCAUACCGACAAAGACGAGCCGCCACCAGCCGGUCACCAUGGAAGGAGUCCAUGUCGGCCUUUUCCCGCUCACUGCUUUCAUAACAGGGCUCCUGCUGCUGUGUUCUGCUGGCUCUGCUCUAGAACUGAACCCCAACAUCAGACAGACCAGUCUGGACGCUAACUCCUCCUUCAGCAUCACCUGUUCAGGCUGGGCCCGGGUCAGCUGGCGCUUCAAACGAGAGGAAAACAUCCCAGAGUUCCGUAUGGAGACCCGGACCAACACUACCAGCGUUCUGCAUCUGGAGCACGUGACGUGGGAGCACACAGGAGUGUAUGUGUGCACUGAGGAUGAGACUAAUACAGAGAUAGAGCUGGCCAUCUAUGUGCCUGACCCUGAGGUGUGGUUUUUGAAGAAUGAGUAUUACAUGGUCACUAAGACUGGAGAAGAAGGGAUCGUCCCGUGCCUUGUGACAGACCCUCGCAUAAAUGUGACCCUCCAUGACAGAAUGACAGAGAGCCUGGUGAAGGGCGAGUAUUUGCCCAGCGUGGGGUACAAAGCCAUGCUGGAUGACCAGACGUAUAAGUGCAGAGGAGAACUGAACGGAGAGGAGAAGUGGAGCGAACCAUACUACGUCUUCAGCAUCUUAGUUCCUGAAAUGGUGGACGCCCACAUCAAUGCCUCAAAGACAGUGCUGAAACAGGGCGAGCCACUCAGCAUUAACUGCACCGCCAUCGGAGUGGAGCUGGUCUUCUUCUCCUGGGACUUCCCAAACAAAGACGUAAUUCACAUAGAGCCCCUGACAGACGUGCUGUCGACCACCAGCAUGCGCUCUUGCCUGAACAUUUCCAAUGCCACGCUGGCACACUCAGGACAGUACGUCUGCUAUGCACACGAGGGUGUGAACAACCAAGAGACUUCAGCCAGCAUCAACAUCACUGUGCUGGAGAGAGGAUUUGUGGCACUGAGUUCGUUCAUGGGCCCCAACGUUUCAGCGCAGCUGCAUGAGAACAUUCAGCUGAGGGUGGAGGUGGAGGCCUACCCCAAACCUCACAUCCACUGGACUAAAGACGGAGCCGUCAUCAAAGGGGACAACAUCAUCAACAUGAGUCCGGAACACAAGACCAGAUAUGUCAGCACAUUGACUCUUGUGAGAAUCCGGCUGGAGCAGAAAGGAUAUUACUCUGUUCACGUUGCCAAUGAGGAUGCUUCCAAUAAGAUGAUCUUUGACCUAGAGGUUAAAGCUCCACCUCAGAUAACAGAGCUGUCGGACCAUCACCUGCCAGGGAAGAAGCAUGCUGUCACCUGUGUGGCUGAGGGAGUUCCUUCUCCCAGCAUUCAGUGGUUGAGAUGUGACGGCAUGCAAAAAUGCAGUAACAGAAGCGUACCGUGGAGCCCCCUGGUGUCCCAUCUGGAAAGCCUCAACAUUGUGACUAAUGCCACCUACAAUGACACGCGCAAGAUCCACCAGGUGCACAGUCAGGUGAUCUUCCUCCACCCUCAGCAGAUCAGUGUGCGCUGCCUGGCCAAGAACGAGGGAGGAGCUCGCGCGCGGGACAUCAAACUCAUCACCAGCACUCUCUUCUCUCAGGUGGCUGUUCUGGCUGCUGUUUUGGCUUUGGUUGUCAUAGCUAUCAUCUUCAUCAUCAUCCUCAUUGCCGUGUGGAGAAAGAAGCCACGAUAUGAGAUCAGGUGGAAGGUGAUUGAGUCAGUGAGUCUGGAUGGUCAUGAGUACAUUUAUGUGGACCCCAUCCACCUGCCCUACGACCUGGCCUGGGAGAUGCCCCGGGACAGCCUAGUCCUUGGUCGUACUCUGGGAUCAGGAGCGUUUGGUAGAGUAGUGGAGGCCACUGCAUAUGGACUCAGCCAUUCACAGUCCUCCACUAAAGUUGCUGUGAAAAUGCUCAAAUCCACAGCACGCAGGAGUGAAACUCAGGCACUGAUGUCAGAGCUGAAGAUCAUGAGCCACCUCGGCCCUCACCUCAACAUUGUCAACCUCCUGGGAGCUUGCACCAAACAAGGCCCACUGUACCUGGUGACGGAGUACUGUCGCUAUGGAGACCUGGUGGACUACCUGCACAGGAACAAGCAGAGCUUUCUGCAGCAUUAUGCUAACAAGAACCACCUUGUUAAUGGCAACGACAGUCAAAUUUGCCUGGACUCUGAGGUGCCUUCUGGAAAAGGCUAUGUGUCAUUUGGCAGUGUGAGUGAUGGUGGUUAUAUGGACAUGAGUAAAGAGGAGAUGACUGAAUAUGUGCCGAUGCAAGAGCUCAUAGACACCAUCAAAUAUGCAGACAUCCAGCCCUCUCCGUAUGAGUCCCCAUACCAGCAGGACAUCUACCAGGAGCAAGGUCACAGAGUGGAUCUUUCUCUGGUUAUCAGUGACUCUCCUGUCCUGAGCUACACUGACCUCGUGGGCUUCAGCUUCCAGGUGGCCAAAGGCAUGGAGUUCCUGGCCUCGAAAAAUUGCGUUCAUCGGGACCUGGCAGCGAGAAAUGUGUUGAUCUGUGAGGGGAAGCUUGUGAAAAUCUGUGACUUUGGACUGGCCAGAGACAUCAUGCAUGACAACAACUACAUCUCCAAAGGCAGCACGUUCCUGCCCCUGAAAUGGAUGGCUCCAGAGAGCAUCUUCCAUAACCUCUACACCACACUAAGUGAUGUCUGGUCUUUUGGCAUUUUACUGUGGGAGAUAUUUACUCUAGGAGGAACUCCAUAUCCAGAUCUGCCUAUGAAUGAGCUGUUCUAUAAUGCUCUAAAGAGAGGGUACCGCAUGGCCAAACCCAUGCACGCCUCAGAGGAAAUUUAUGAAGUGAUGAGGAAGUGCUGGGAGGAGAAGUUUGAGAAGAGGCCUGAGUUCUCUUUUCUGGUCCAGGCCAUGGGGAACAUGCUCACAGAGACCUAUAAAAAGAAAUACCACCAGGUCAAUGACAACUUCCUGAAGAGUGACCACCCUGCAGUGGUGCGCACCAAGCACAGGGUGCCCUCUCCAUUCCCAGUCACCCUCUCUCCUUCAUCCCCUUCCUCCACAUUCCCUCCAUCCUCCACUCCCAACCCUUGCCUGGACAGGGAGACAGCAAUGGCCCCUUACAAUGGCUACAUCAUCCCCAUCCCGGACCCCAAGCCAGAGGAAGAGUGUCAGGAGGCUACCCUGCCAACAGAAAUCCCCUCGAGCUCUGUGGGUUCUGAAGCGGAGACAGUGUCUUUGGAAACCCCCAGCAUGGACGCAGAGCAGGAGGAGCUGCUGAAGGAGUGCUCCAAAACUCCAGAAGUAGAAGAGAGUUUCCUGUGACACUACGUAGCAUCCUGUCAUCAGGAAGAUUAACAUUCAAAACAAAAAGCAAACAGCAGCUGUGUAAGAUGUUUCACAGUUUUCUUAGAAAUGUUGGCUGCAACUGAGAACAGUCACAUUUAUACCAGAAGAUCAUUCAGAAAAGUUUCAUAUUAGAUCCUAGCUUACAAACGAGGCAUCGUAAAUGAAAUCAGAUCAUUUUGUUUCAGUUUUGAGGAAUAGAGCAACAAGACUAUAACACAGUAUUUUAUAAGAAAUCUUGAAAAUCAACCUUCAUACAACAACCUGUUAUUUCUAUUAGUACACAAUUAGACCUCACAAAUGCAAAUCUAUAGGAAAAUGAUGUCCAGUUAAAGAUAGGGCUAGAGGGGCUUACCCCCCCUUCUUUGUGAAAUCAGGUUACGGUACUAAUUUUUCAGCGUAAUGGUACAUCGCAAUGCAUUUAACUGCCUAAAGCAAAGCUACAAACAAUGCAUAAUCAGUAUAGAAAAGAGAUGCUGUGAAUGUCAUUGGAUUUUGUAGCAUGGAAGAUUUUGCUUGUCAUUUUGUAGGAUUGACGACUUCUGUCUUAUUUUGUACGAUUUUCAAUAUAGUCAAGCUGCAUAACUGACAUUUUAAAUGAAGGACAUAUUUGUGUUUAUGACCUACAUUUGUUAAAGUAUUUUCUAUUUUAGCUUAUUCUUUCCUGUUGAGCAGAGCAUUAUGCAAAAGAAGUUUGUAUUUUAUUUUGAGACAAUAUCAUUUUACUAUAUUUUGCAUUAUAGUGAAGGGAAUUUGUAAAAAACCUUGUAGCAGAUUUGCACUUUACAGCCUCAUGGAAAUUUUUCACCUAGAUUUUAUCUGAUUUUUUAACUCUUUUUUCAUUUCAGAGAAUGAAAUAGUAUGUCGACAGAUGAAAUAGUGAUUAAAGAUUGUAUUUUUGGUUGCAAAGUUUUAUUUCCAUCACAGUGUUGGCGUAAGAAUUCCUUAUUCCCUAAAGCAUUGUAUUGAAUACAGACUGAAACACUAGUGAAACUACAGGCACAGGUUAAGGUACUAGAAACAGGGCGACUAUGUGUGAGAUUUUCUUCUUCUUUGUUUUGUUUUACAAAUUUGUUUAGCUUCUACAGAGAAUCUGUCUCUUUACUGCUUUCAGGUCAGUAUGAGUUACAGAGUGUUGUGACUGCUUGAGGUGGAGUUUUCUUUUAACACUGAUACAAGUUCCUCCUCUUAUCCACCCUUAAAGGGGAACUCCACCGAUUUUUUCCAAAUUACAACUUAAUUCAAUGUGAUGUAAACAUACAUACAUAUAUACAUCAUCUAAACCGCUUAUCCCUCUGGGUCGCGGUGGGGUGCUGGAGCCUAUCCCAGCUGUCAUUGGGCGGAAGGCAGGAUACACCCUGGACAGGUCGCCAGUCCAUCGCAGGGCGUGAUGUAAACAAAGUCAUUCAAAAUGGUUUAAUAUGAAAUGUUUUUUUUGGUUUUUUUGUUUUUUUUACAGUGGUGGUGACAGGAGCCAGGGGUCAUGAUGUCUAAAGUGCAAAUAUAGCCACCAGCGCACCUACACAUGUCUUCUUAGUUUGAUAAUGCUAAAAUAGCAUUAAAUCUGAUAAGGAAGUAUUCUUUCUGGAUUAUCACACCCUGCAUGUACCCAUCCACCAUCAGCAGAUCACAAAACUAUCAUAAAAUAAUGUCUCAUAAUGUCUAAUAACAUCUCUUUCUGUGAGGUAGAUUUUAUGGGCAUUAAACUCUUCAUCUGGUUCCUAUCACCACCACUGUGAACAAUUCUGACUCAGUUUCUCUACAAUGGAGUGUUUCACAUCAAACUACUCUGAAUGACUCUGUUUACAUCCUAACAAUUGAAGUGGAAUUCCUCUUUAAUCAUUAUCAUGCGUACGGUUACAUGAAACUGACCUCAGGACAGUGUCUACAGUCAAUUUACCCGAGCGCCUUAUAACCCAGUCCAGGAACGUAUUACUGUCAUCCGGUGAAAAAGCCGUCCAUUUUGUGAACUCACAGAAUGAUCUAUAGCUCUUCACCUUUCUUUUGUUUUUAUUUUCUCUUUCUUUUCUUUUUAUUGUAGCCCUUUUUUGUAUAUGAGCCAAACAGUAUUUAGUGUCACUCCAUAAAUCACACCUUACAUGAAAAUAUCACACGCUAUGGUACCAAAGCUUUUACAAUAUGUAUGUUUACAAGUGUAUUUUUGUAUAAAUAUUUUGUAUGUUGUACUUUAUCGUACUGAAUAUGUUCUAUGUUAAAAGAAACCUAUAAUAAAGUUUAGAAAAAUAUCUAUUACUCCUUA